UUCUCACUCUGCUUCAGCAGGCUCGCUAAGUGCUGAGAGGCAGUCUCUCUACCUGCUCGCGCGGUGGUGUGUGUAUGCGUGUGUAUGCGUGUGUGUGUGUGUAUAAACCGCUCUGUACACGUUUCUCUGUUUUUUAAAGCUUCAGUCACACAUCUGGAGGAAGAGAGGAAAUGUGGAAGAGACCCCUGUUUCAGAAAACGGUUAUGCAUGACCAGAAAGUCUAAUUUCACCUCACCGGACUGAAGAGCUGACCUUCCAGGACGAAGGAUUUCAGAGAUAAAAAAGCAGGAGUUAUCAGUGUUAUUUCGCUUAACAGGUUUCCCACUUCUUGGAUUAAUCUUCAAUACCAUGGGUGUGAUUUUAGAUCUGCUGCAUUUAUGUAGGCAUCAUUAGAUAUCCUUCAGCUUCUUCUCACAGCCGUCCAUCCACGGAAAGGAAUAUGGCAAAAAAUGUGACCGACGUCCCAAGGGAGGAUUUAAGCAAAAUCUCAGACGAGGAACUCCUCAAACUCAGCAAAGAUGAGCUGGUUCGAAAGCUCCGUAGAGUCGACAGCGAAAAGAUCAGCCUAAUGGUGGAGCACGGGAACAUGAUGCGAGAUGUGAACCGGAGACUACAGGUUCACCUUCACGAGAUCCGGAAUCUGAAAGAAGUGAACCAGAAGCUGCAGGACGACAACCAGGAGCUCAGGGAGCUGUGCUGCUUUCUGGACGACGACCGGCAAAAGGGCAAAAAGCUGUCGCGGGAGUGGCAGCGCUUCGGCAGGUACACGGCCAGCGUCGUCUGGAAGGAGGUCGGAUUCUAUCAGCAGAAACUGAAGGAGCUGGAGGUCAAUCAGGAGGCCAUCAUGCACGAGAACGUGGAGUUAAAGGAGAUCAUCGUCAUGCUGGAGGAGGAGAGGAAUGGCGCCGGGUCGAGGAGCUCUAUAGACAGCCAGUCCAGCUUGACCAACCUGAAUGGAGGCACGAAUAACGUGAGGGACGUGGGGGAUGGAAGCAGUACGUCCAGUACGGGAAGCGCUGGAAGCCCAGACCACCAUCACGGUCACGGGCACAAACCUGUCGAGGGCAAGGUGGCAGCCAUCAGAAGAUCUAUGGAUGAUCUAUCGACUAACCACCUCCACAGGAGCAUACCAAAUGGACUGAACGAAUCCUCGAAUUACAUCCGUCAGCUAGAGACGAAAGUCCGGAUUUUAGAGGAUGAUAACAAGCAGGUUUUCUCCCAGGGGAAUGUUGGUGAUUUGAAGACGUUGAAGAAAGGCUUGUCGUUGUAUCACUCCGAGUCCCAGCUCUCUGCGCUUUCCAAGCAGCAAGACGCCUUACAGAACGGCACUGCUCGACUCCCGGGUGGAGAUCUGCCCUCGCCCAUCACCCCCUACAUGACGUCCUCUCAGAAACCCGAAGCUCUGGUUCAUGCCAUGAAGGUAUUGGAGGUCCACGAGAACCUGGAUAGACAGAUUCCUGAGGACUACGAGGAGGAUCUCAGUGAGAAAGAGAAAGCUAUCGUGAGGGAAAUGUGUAAUGUGGUGUGGCGUAAGCUCGGUGAUGCAGCAGGCUCCAAGCCGUCCAUCCGGCAGCAUCUCUCUGGAAACCAGUUUAAAGCCCCGAUGUAGCUCCAGCCUCGAUCAGCACACACCAACACGCCAGUCCGUCCAGAACCAGCGCAACUUCAGAGCACUUCAGAAAGCAAUCAGAGUACAAACCUGCACUCCUAUGGCUCCAUGCCGGCAGCCAUGUUUUAGCGUACAUUAGGGUCCAUGCAGUCAGCACAAGCUGACUUAACACGCUGAUUUUUUUUUUGUCCACUCAUCUAAACAGGAUUUAAGGCAGCUAGUGGUAUCCAUUACCUAAUGGACAUUGAGACUGGUUUUAGUUAGAAAUCCUGACUUUACACUCCACCAGCAAUGGAGCUGGUUCACUCAGUCGUAAAUGAUCCUAAAGCAUUAAGACCUACUUCAGGAGAAUAAACCAUCAUGAAGGACGGAUGCGAAACGAGAUGUAGCAAUCUACCCUCUGUUCCUCCUUUCUCUAGAGAGGUUUACACAAGUACACGCCAGGAUUGCUUCACUCCUUUUCGUCUGCUUCCAUUUUUAUGUAUUUCCCCAAGAUAUAAACACUUGGUGUUAGAAAGAAACCAGUCAGUGUUUUCUUAACCCAAAUAGACGUCCAGCAUAUGAAAAACAGCCCUCUUUGGCUGUUGAGGACAAAUUAUGGGCGAUUAUUUUCAUUAGGACGAACUCCAUCUCAGUGUCAUACAGUGUCUCACUUUUAAGGCAUUUUAUUUUAGACCAAUUUGACAAUCGUUUGUAAAUGAUAAACUAUUAAAAUCCUAAAGCUAUAUGACCUUAUGCAGUUAGUCCCUUUAACACCGGGUAAGGUAGCUUAGCAUUGGCUAAUUAUGUGGUCUUGAGUAAAAGCACUCCUGUACUAAUGAAGCUUUAGAUCCAGCACAGACGUCUGAACCGGGGUUUGUUACUGAAUUCUGUCUCAGCAAAACAGUACGAAGUCUUAAUGUUGUCUGAAAACACGUAGCUGAGUUGUUUACGUUGUGAGACUAGCCGUACGUUCACACUAACAAACAACAAAACGACAAAGAAACCGUUCAUUUUUGAUCAAGCGACAUUUGCAUUGAGAUUUUAUCAAUUCUAUACAAAGUAAGUAUGACGUGGUUAUGUGACAAAUCCAAACGAUUGGUUCAAAUGAUUCCUCAUCCUUGUGGUGUAACGUUUCUUAAAACUUAUAAACGCUAUAUCCUGAACUCUAAUUAAAUGUUUAGAGAGACAUUACGAAGAAACAUAAAGCUUGGAAGGAAGUAGCAGAAAACGUUGGUGUCUCUGAUGAGUACGUAGCUAGCACUGAAUACACAGCUAGUUCGAGCCCAGGCACGUAGCGUAAAUCAAGUAACCAGUUUUCACACUGAUUAAUGUGUUAUUUCAUUUGUGUUAAUCAGGUUAGCUUUAGAAGCUAAAUAUAGCUACUACUGUUUCUCAUUGGAACUAAAACAAACAAACUCAAAAAAGAGGCAAUGCCCACAAGAGACAAACUACAAGCGACACACAGUACUAGUGUGAACGUAAGGUUAGGACUGGUUUAUGAGAUCUCUAGACAAACGUUCUGUCGUACAUGUACAUGAGAUUCAGCAGAGUCAGGUAUGAAAUUUUGUGUAGAUGAGGAAAUUUGUGCUGUUUAAAGGUGCGGUUUGUAAUUUGCUAGAGUUUCUAUUAUAUGUAAUCAUAUUUCAACGAUAUGAAAACUGUGUUUGAAAUAUGAAAAUAUUGAUUCGCAUUGGAUCUCUUUGUUUUUUUUUUUAUUUCAGGUUUUAAUUUACACUUUUCUGGCCCUGAAAUAGGCUCCGCCCCAAGUGGAACGGAGCUACUCAGGCCAGAUUAUGCCCAUUUUCUGUAAAAAGGAAACUAUUGAUGUAUUUGUUGUUUUACCCAAGCAGGUGUGUUGAUUGUAAAGUUUUGAUUGCAGAGCUCUAAAAAUGACAAACUGCACCUUUAACAUCUUCACUGCGUAUGGAAGACUCGGUACUGCCACAAAAGAUAUUUGCUGCAUUUGUGCAAAGCUCUAACCAGAAUGUUUAAAGUCUCAAUGAUGUAACUGUAAAGUCUCAAUGAUAUUUUUCCUUGCUCUGAUUUUUCAAGAUUUUUCUCUCGCAGAAGAUAACGAGUAACGUGUGAGGAUUUCACUUCCGGCAGCUCAGGGACUUUUGCUCAUUGCCGUCGUCAUGACAAGAACGAGUGCGGAGACAGUGAAGAGAACGUCUCAUAGUCACAUGACUAACCUUAAUUCCAUCAGAACGUCAGAUCUUUCUGAAUAUUUGUGUAUUUUUUUACACAAAUAUGGAGAAAUGUGAAUGUAGCAUAGCGCUGUGUUACAAAUAUGAACAAAACACCAAUAUAUAUCAUUAGCAUCAGCCUUCAGAGAGGAGGUUUUCUACUUAAAGCUUUAAACGACUGGCUGUAAAUUUAGAAAAGUAUACAUUGGGUAUAAAUAAAAUCAAAUCUAGAGUGUGCCUCAUGAAUAAGUCCUUCAAUACACAGAUGUAGACACCAAGUAAGGAAUAAAACACUUCGGGGCAUGCUGUUAUAGGAAAAUAAUCAACUUUCAGGUGAUGUAAUGUGGCUACUACCCUGAAGUUAUUUUCCUACAACAGCAUGCCUUGAAGUGUACAGAAAUGUACAACUUUUAUUUAUUAAAGAACUACAUGUUGUACUUUUUAUCCGUUUAUCGUUACAUUUAAUAUUUUGGGAAAAAUUAGCUCCGGUUCUCACUUACAUUAUAGCAGCUAUAAACAGUCCCUUCACCAGCCUCUUUUUUUCCACUAAGACAAAAAAAAGCAGCUUGUCAUGUUCUCGAGAAACCAGAGCUCCUCCGUCCUGAAAACCUACUGACACUGGAGACUCCUUCCUCGAAUGUUAAACAAACAUCUCCUUACAGAAUCAUAUCAAUGAUUACAUAUUUUUAAGUCUUUUUUUUUUUUGCCAGUUUACGCACAGCGUCCACGAUGCAAGUCCCUUCGUAAGCUGUUACUAUAGAAACCAUAACGCAUCAACACCUUCUAACCAAUCAGAAUCCAGAAUUUAUCAGCGCCUUGGGUUUAUCGUUAUCUGUAGCAUGAUGAGUGACUGAAAUAAAUUAAAACAGCUUUUGGCUGGCAGUGUAGCGUCCAAAAUAUCCCAGAAUUCUGUGUUUGGAGCCCCGAAGGAAAGAGUUUGACGUGAAUGAGUCGGACGUUUCUGGAACAUCAGCAGCUCUCUGGCUCACAAACACACACACACACACACACACAGUAAGAGCACAUGAGCAAGGAGGAAAGGAAGCAUGAGCAAAGUUCUUAAUUGAAGUACAAUAAUUCGAGAAGCCAUAAUAAUUUUUUUGUAUUUUUAAUUACUUCAGAGAGAAAAGGUUUUGCAAAGUCAGAAAUUUCAGAUUCUCCUUGUUGUAAAAGCACUUUAUCGGUGCUGCUCUGAUAUAAAGUCAGAUGAAUUUUGUUGGUUUCUUCUUGAGCCAAGAUGCAGCAGGUGGCUUUUGGCAGUCUUGUGUGAGUGUGUGUUUUAAUUUUUUUUUUUUUUUUAUGUCUGGGAUGUGACUGAACAAAAACGAGCAGCAAUCAUUUGAAAGAUUAAAAAAAAAUAGUUUCUAUUUUGAUAUUUCUAUGAAAAAUGAAAGGAUGCUCUAAAAGAUGAGCGGUCAACAUUUGAACUAUUUUUUGGGGGGGAGGAAAAAGUGUCCUUCCUGUCCAAGUAGUCUAAACUACUGACUCUUUUUUUUAAUAUUUGUUAAUUUGAAAACACAAAAGAAAAAAAAAAUCCAUGAAUCCCAGACUGCUAUUUUCCUAACCUUGCUUUCAAAUGCACUGCUUCGUUUGUGAGCGAGGAGGUGAUGUGAUGAUGUGAAGAUCUCUAACUCGAGUCUGUGUUUGUGCCACCUGAGCAAACUGUUGUAGGAGAUCUCGCUGUGUAAAUACCUCUUUCCUGUAGAAUAUCUGUAACUAGCAUGCCUUUAUUAUUAUUAUUAUAAUUUUUUUUCAUAAGAACUGUGCUGUAGGUUUCAUUUAGGAAAUGAAAAGCCGUCGAGAUGAAACUCAGUGCACUUCCUGUAGAUGAUUGAAAAUAAAAUGUACACUCUUUGUAAA